UAUCUAACAGAGAUGAUUACUUUUCUCUUUUCUUGUCUGUCGUUCUAAUUACUAAAUCCAAACAGUUGGAUUGAUGGGGAAUUUGUUCGUGAAGAAGCCAAAGAUCACCGAUGGGGAUCGAGCCAUUCUCAACCUCAAGACCCAGAAACGCAAGCUCUCUCUGCAUCAACAACAGCUUGAAGCUGUCAUUGAAGCAGAAAAGCAAGCUGCGAAGGAUCUGAUUCGUGAGAAGAGGAAGGAUCGGGCCUUAUUAGCAUUGAAGAAGAAGAAAACACAAGAAGAACUAUUGAAGCAAGUCGAUUCCUGGCUCAUUAAUGUUGAACAACAAUUGGCAGAUAUUGAACUUGCAAGCAAACAGAAAGCAGUGUUUGAAAGUUUGAAGUCGGGUAAUAAUGCUAUUAAGGCAAUACAAAGUGAGAUCCACCUCGAGGAUGUUCAGAAACUAAUGGAUGAUAGCGCUGAAGCUAAAGCUUACCAAAAUGAAAUCAAUGCAAUAUUGGGCGAGAAACUGUCAGCAGAAGAUGAAGAGGAGAUUCUGGCAGAAUUUGAAAAUUUGGAAGCUCAGAUCACCUUUCAAGAUAUGCCAAGUGUGCCCACCCCCGUCCCGUCUGCUGCGGAAGAUGAGGAGUUGGAUCUGCCCACUGUACCAACCAAAGCUCUGACUGCUUCGAAUGUGAUUACUAAUGAUACUGAAACUGCUUCAGCUGAAGUUUCAACCAAGAGAAGAGUGUUGGAGGAACCAUUGCCGGCUUGAUUGGAAAAGAAACAUCAAUGGCGUCCCCUUCGCGCCCACGCAAGCGACAAAGAUUCUUUCUUUGUUAUUUGGGAUUGUUGCAAUUGCAUGCAUGAUAAUCAGGGAUUUUCUGUGACGAUCAUACCGAUUAUGUCUUGUACAUAAUUUGUAAAAUUCAAUUUCUGUUCCAUACCUUGAUUUGUUCAUACUUUUAAUCAACUUGUUCACUCUGAUAUGUUUAUUUCUUUUUUAUUUCACCACUCCAUCGGAAA